AUGUCUCGGCCUUACUAUGACCCUUACGGUCACCCCUCUCAGCUCCGUCCUGGAUCUACCCAACCUCCUCAGUCUCCUUAUCCCACCUCACCGUCGGGACAAUACCAGGCAUACGGGGCUCCAUCACUUCCCCCCAACAAGCCGGCUCACACGCCUUCACCGGGCCCUCAGUCGCCCUAUCCUGGAGCACAACCUCCUUAUCAAAGAAAUCAAUCGUCCUACCCUGGUCCUCAGCCCGCUUAUUCUGCACCGGCCAAUCCAUCGCCGUCUCCCGCUCCUCAGCCUUACGGCCAGGCUUACGGUCAGGCUUAUUCCCAAGCACCAUAUGGUGUUCCCGCGCCUCCUGCCCAAGGCUACGCGCAACCGUCACCUUAUAGCACGCGGGACCAACCAUACGGACAGCAAGGCUAUGGCCGGCCCCCGCCUCCCCCACCCCAGGGUCAGCCCUACGGAUCAGCCGCCCCCCAGUACUCUCAACCUCCUACAGCUCAAGGUCAACCUUACCCUCCUCAAAAUGCGCCUUACUCCGGCGGGCCCGUUCGUCCUCCCCAGCAGGGGGGACCUCCCGGACCUGCGUACGGUCCCUCGGGGGGUGCACCUCCUCCGGCACGUGCCACGGAACAGCAGACCGCCGCCUACCGACAGCUGUUGAUUGGCACUAUUCAAGAGAAACGCCUUCAAAGCUUCUAUCCCCCUGAAAGACUUGAUAAGCUCGUUCAGGCUCUGUCCAACGAUGCGCCCUUCAAAGUGAGCAAGCUGACUAAUGAGCUUAACAUCCCAACCGAAGUGGCUAUGGAUGUCAUGAAGUUGGCUCUCUUUGAUGUUAUCUUGUAUGUGGACGACAGUGGCUCCAUGGAAUUUGAAGAACGAGGUGUGAGAAAGGAACAACUCCGUUCGACCAUCGAGGUCGUUGCUUCGGCUGCGUCCACCUUUGAUGACGAUGGUAUCUCCGUGCGGUUCAUGAACUCACCUGAGCAAGGCGAUGGUAUUCGCAAUGCAGACGAUGUUAAUCGCCUCAUUUCGCGAGUUCGCUUCCAGGGUCUUACACCACUCGGCACAAGUCUACGCAACAAAGUCCUGGACCCGAUGGUGGUAGCUCCAGCCAGAGCUGGUCGGCUCCAGAAACCUGUUCUGAUCAUCACUAUUACUGAUGGACAGCCGGCCGGUGAGCCGCUGGACAGUGUGUCGAACGCCAUUGGCUAUGCUGUCAACGAAGUUUCUCGCACUCAGUAUGGACAGGGGACCGUUUCCUUCCAGUUUUCACAGGUCGGAAACGACACCAAGGCCCGGGAUUUCCUCGCUUCUCUGGACGAAGAUCCUCGAAUCGGCUCCUUGAUUGAUUGCACCUCAAACUUCGAGGUUGAGCAAGAUGAAAUGUCACGGGCUAACCCCCCAGUGCAUCUGACUCGCGAACUCUGGUGCGCCAAACUCAUGCUUGGUGCUAUUGACUCUUCAUACGACACCAAGGAUGAGAAAGCUGCUGGGCGUAGUGGUGCUCCGACUGCUGGACCUCCAGGUGGUCAGUACGGUGGUUAUAACUACAACCAGCCUCCCGCUCAGAGUUACAACCAGCCGCCUCCCGGCCAGUACGGCUCAGGAUCGGGAUACAAUCAGGCACCAUACCCGCCCAGCCAGGGUCAGGGUCAGGGUCCCCCUCAGGGCUACGGGCAAGGCUAUGGUGGCGGCUACGGCGCUUCCUCUCCGCAUCCCAACCAACCUGGGUAUGGACAGUCGCCUGGUGGAGCUACACGAGGCUACCCUGGCUACGGAGCGCCUCCCCGCUACUAG